AUGACUAGUUACGAAAAUGGUUUGGAAGCUGAACAAGAAGAUACAAAAUCCUUAUCUUCUGAACAUGAAGUAGACCCUGCUGGGGGAACACGUUUGGAAGAGACAAAUGAUGAAGAUGUACUAGAAGACAAUGUUGAAUGUGGCAUUAACGAAGAAUGGACUGAACCUGAUAUUGCGCAAUGGAGGAGGCUGCUUCAAUUUUUGGAUAUUGACAAAGAACUAGAACAUAUUCAGUUUUCGGACUUCAAAGGCAAGGAGUUUGUUGAUUACCAAUUAUUUGGUGAUUGUUUGGCUUUUGAUUCUACUUACAAAACCAAUCGGUACGGAAAUCCAUUAGUAAUACUACUUGGGUCUAAUAAUCAUGACAAAACGUGUGUGUUUGGAGCUGCACUUCUUGAUAAUGAGACUUCGACCACAUAUGAUUGGGUAUUGGAAACAUUUUUAGAGUGCAUGGGUGGUAAGAUGCCGUCAGCAGUUUUGACGGACGGUUGCAAAGCAAUGAACAAAGCACUGGAUAAUAUUAUGCCUGGUGUUCCACAUCGUAUUUGCUCGUGGCACAUACUAAAAAAUGCAAUGCACCAUGUACACAAUAUAGCAUUCCAUCAAGAAUUGAAGAAAUUUAUUUUCAGGUAUUACAAGGAGGAAGAAUGGGAGGAUAAUUGGAAAGUGACUGUGAAUAAAUAUAGAUUGACAGGAAAUGCAUGGGUGGAAGCACAAUAUGGCACAAGAAAGCAGUGGGCAGAUACUUUUCUACGUGGUAUUUAUUUUGGUGGAGCUACUACUACCGGUAUAUGCGAAUCUAUGAAUGCAUUCUUGAAAAGAGAUUUGCAAAAUAAAAUACCAUUGUGGAUGUUUAUACGACACUUUGACCAUGCUUUAUCUAUGUUGCGUUACAACGAGAUGAAAGAACACUACAAAACUAAUUUGACUGAACUAGUUUUGAACCAGACAACUAUGCCGUGUGUGGAGGAUGAAAUUUCUUUAAUUUUCACAAGGGAAAUUUUUACAAGGAUAAGAAAGGAGAUACGACGUGGCGAUAAUUAUAUUGUCCUAAAGGAUGAUAAGAUACCAGGUUACACUCUUUAUUUGGUGAAAAAAUAUAUUGGUUCUGGAUUAAAGCGCAAAGUGUUAAUCUCCAAUGAUGGGGAUGAUGUGCGAUGUGAUUGCUAUUCUCUUAAGACAAAAGGAAUUCCAUGUAGACAUAUUUUUAUUUCAUUGAAGAAUUUGGAGAGAAGAAGUUUGCCAAUUUGUUUGGUAAUUAGACGUUGGCUAAAAGAUGCUAAAGAAGUUCACCUGUUAACUCAAGGUAAUGAAAGAAAGUGUCCUCAUCUCGAAAUUAUUGAAAAUUUUAGGUAUGGUGGUGUAACCACACAAACUACUAUCACGUUGUACCUUGCUACAAGAUCGCGAGAAGCAUUUCAAAAGGCUAUGAAAAUUGUAUCAGAGUUGAAUGCUGAAUUGGAAAAAAUGCCUCCAGAUGAAGAGUUAAAACAUCCUCAAAAUGAUGAAGGAGUAUUCCCUAAUAAUAUUUUGGACUCUCAGAUUAAAAAAACAAAAGGUAGACCAACUACAGCCAGUUUGUCGAAAUCAUUCUCUGGAGGUGCAAAGAAGAGAAAACUAAAAAAAUCGCUAUUACAUUGCAAGUAUUGUGGUGAGGAUGGACAUGAUUCAAGGAAUUGUCCUAUUCAACCAAAGUCCACUACAAAGAAAAAUGGUCAUUCGAAGAAGAAGAAUAAAAAAAUCAAUCCAUGA